AUGACGGACGACAGCUUCGAUUGGGAGGCCUGCUACAGCACGCUGUACGAGGCCGACGAGCAGGCGGCCCAGGAGCUGGGCGGCUUUGACUUCUGGGGCGCUGAUCGCCAGGGCCAGGAGGGCCAAGGGCGGGCAGCAGAGGUGCCCCCUGCUGGGGGCGGCAGGUGGCCCUCAAGGUCUGGGGACGCCAGUGGGCGCCAGGGGGGCCUCACGAACCACUCCUGGGGUGAGCCGCCCUGGGAGGACGAGUGCGAGCCAGCCGAGCGGCGCCUGUGGCAACACCGCCUCCCCCAGAUGCCCAGCCAGGGCGGUCAGGCGGCGCGGUCCCCUGCUCCUGGCUGGAUGGCCGCCUGCGAGGCGGCGGAGGCUGCUGGGGCGCCUGGUGGUGCGGCGCUGGCGCGGGCGCGGGCUGGGGCGCUGCUGGCGAGCGGCGCUGGAGCGGCGCUGGGCUGCGGUGUGGACGGGAGGCUGCAGAUCCCCGCUGGGUUGCAGGGGGUGUUCGGCCUGCAAGGGUACGGCCCCAUGAUGUCAGACUGGGUUGACCAGGCGAGGACCCCUGACUGGCAACCUCACGUGUCGGCCCCAGGGCACGGCCUGCAGGAUGCUCCUGGAGGCGGGCUCUCAGGGGAUGCGGACAGUCAGACCCUCCCUGGGCUGAUGGGGGUGUUCGGCCAUCAAGGGUACGGCCCCAGGAUGUCAGAUCUGGUUGGCCAGGAGGGUUCCCCCGAUUGGCAACCAAGGGUGUCGGCCUCAGGGCACGGCCCAGGGGGGGAGGCGGAGGGGUUCAGCCCCUCGACGUCACAGCCUCUCCCCCACAAGGACUCCGAGUUCGUUGCGCAGCAGAGCAUCGGGGACCAGGUGUUCGGCGAGUUUGGGUCCCCUGCAUGCCAGGAAGCCUGCAGCCUCCGAGACCCUGCCUCGGGCGGUGAUGCGGCCUGUACUGCGCGCCCCGCACGGAGCUCGAGCCCCCCGCUCGCUCCGCCCCCUCAGCCGCGGGAAGGUGCCGCCCUCCCGCGGGUCCCCGGCGCGACUGCGUCGGCCUGUGCAGCGCACUUGGAGCGGUUGCUCGCUGGCAAGCCCAAGCCGAUGGCGAAAGCAGGGUGCUGCCUGGCCACUGUGAAUGCCUCGUCGUGGGGGCCGCUGGGCGAGUACCUCCUGAGGGCUGACGGCAACCCGACGCUGGCCAUUGCGGUUCAGGAGCACCACCGUCUGGCCAAGGACCUGGCGACGCAGCAGCGGGCGUCUAAGGACGCGGGCUGGCAUGGAGCAUGGAGCGCGGCCAAUCCGUCUUCGACGUCGACCUCGGGUUCCGUCGGUGGCGUAGCGGUGCUGGCUCCCACCGUAGUCUCCGUCACGGCGCCCCUUGGGCGCGACCCCCCCGUGCUGGUGCCAGGGCGCCCGGUGGCAGGGCACGUGCGUGCUGGCCCUGCUGGGGGCGUGGUGGUCCUCAGCAUCUACCUGCGCGACGGCGAAGGGCUUUCGGGCAGCAACCUGGACAUCAUCUGGCAGCUGGUGCAGUACCUGGGGCGGCUCGGGGCCGAGGGCCACCACUGGGCGGUCAUGGGGGACUGGAACAUGGAGGCGGACGUGCUCGAUUUUGGUUGGAUCGGCAAGCUGAGGGCCCAGGUUCGGCAGGCGAGCGGCCAGUCGUGCAGGCAGGGCGGCGGGUCCAACAUCGACUACUUCGUGGUGUCCAAAAGCCUCAUCCCCUUCACAGGAGAGGCCCCCAUCCUGGACGUCGGCGCCCACACGUGGCCGCACUGGCCCGUCCGCUCGACGCUGGGCCAGGUGCACGCGCAGGCCGUGCAGCAGGUUAUCGACGAGCCCAAGCCGCUCCCCAGGGAGGCGGCCAAGCCUGGCUGCGCCCGCCCGCCCUGGCGCUGGGGCGCGUUUGCGAGGUGCGUGAACGCAGUCACGGACCAGCAGGGCCUCCGAAUCAUCUGGGACAUGCUGCUGGAGGGUAUCGAGACGGAGAUCCUCAACAGGCGUGAUCUGGUCGGCGACGCUCGGCGCACCUUCGCGGACCGCGGCGCGAAGGGGGGUUGGGCGUCGGAGCUCCUGAAGAAGCAGGCCUACUUGGCGAAGAUGUUCGGCGCCCUGAAGGAUCACCCUGUCGAGGAGGCGACCAAGCCCGCGGCGGCACGUACCAAGUGCAUGGGCGCGAUUGCAAAGGCCCUGGUGCACCUUCGGCACUUCCUAGAGUCCCUGCACGGCCAGGGGCGGGUGUUGCAGGCGGCGGAGCAACGGCAGCGCAAGCAGGCCAAGGAAGACGAGGCCCGCUGGAAGGAGUGGGUAGACGGGGCUUUCCUGGGAGGAGCAGGCGCCGCCCACGCCGCCUCCAAGGCCCCCGUGCUUCAGGGAGUGCUCCCAGCUCACCCGUCGGAGGAGGCGCAGGCGCUAGUGGCCAGGGAGGUGCAUGCAGUGCGGGACGUGGUCCGCUCCUUCUCGUGGCGAACGGGCGUGGGCCAAUCAGGCAUGCCGCCGAGGGCGCUGGAGGACCUGUCCGACGACGCGCUCCUGGCUAUGAUCGCGGUCUUCCACAAGUGCGAGGGGCUGCUGGCAUGGCCGAGUAGCCGCCUCAUCAACACCAUGGUGCGGCCCCCCAAGCCCGACGGCGGCUGUAGGCUCAUCGGGCUCAUGCCGACGCUAGUGCGCGUGUGGAGUCGGGCCCGCAGGCUUGUGACGAAGGCGCGGGAGCUGGACAACCCUUCGGAGCUGGUCUGGGGCACGGGACCAGGCAGAGCCAGCUCGGACUCGGCGUACGAGCUCAACUUGGCCGAGGAGCAGGCGAAGCUCGGCGGCUGGGACUCUGCCCAGGCCGCCCUGGGCCUCUGGAAGGCCUACGAGGUGGUGGCGCCCGAGGCCCAACUGGCGGAGGCGCGGGCGCUGGGUUUCCCCAUGCGGCUCAUCUGGAUGCUCCUCAGUACCUACCGCCAGCCGCGCGUCCUGGCCGCCUUCGGCACGACGUCGGACCCGUUCGUGGCUCGGCAGGGGAACAUCGCGGGGUGUGGGCACGCCAACUCGCUGCUGAUGGUGCUCACCCUGCGGGCCCUGCGCAAGGCACAUGCCCUGGCGCCAUCGGUCACCCCGCGGGGCCUGGUGGACGACGCCACCCUGGACUGGAGCGGGUCCAAGGAGGCGGACGACGACAGCCUGGUGACAGCGCCGAGCAGCUUCUCGGCCGACAUGGUGGAGCUCAAGUUGGUCAUGCAGCCGCAGAAGUCGGGCUCCCUGGCGUCCUCCAGGCGGAGGGCGAAGCUGCUGGCCCCCCACAUGCUGCGGAGAGGGCUCACCGAGAAGUUUUGGGUGCGCAACCUGGGCCACGAGCUGCACGGGCGGAAGGUCAUCCGCACUCAGGAGAAACGCCGCCUGCAGGCCCUGGCGGAAAGGCGGGGGCGCAUGGCCAUGCUCAGGCGGGCUGCUGGGAGGCGCGCUGCCGCCCUGGUGGCCACAGGGCUCUCGCCGUCGGCGGGACACGGCGCAGGGGUCUCGGGGCUAGCGGACAAGCCUCUGGCCCAGCUGCGUACGCUGGCGGCGGCCACUGCUGGGGCCAAGGCGGGCUGCGGCACGGCGGCCGUCACGGUGCUGCAGAGGCGGGUGGACUUCGACCCGAUCUGCGCCGCCACGGCCCCGCUGGUUCGCAGGCUGGCCAGUCGCAUCUGGGAGGGCCGCUGCUCUUUGGCUGGGCUGGAGGCUACCUGGCAGGUGCUUGCUGCGGAAGUGCGAGCGGGCUCCCUGUCGUGGGCUUCGGUGCAGGGGCCGCUUGGGGCUACCUGGCUUUCGCUCGCGCGCAUCGGCUGGGACAUGGCGGCCGUCUGGGCCCUGCAGACCGACCAGGGGGAGGACGCGCUCGUGGAGGGCAUCCAGCGCUGGCAGCGCAGGAGGCUGGUCGCCCACUUGCCCGGGAGCGGCGGCGAGGUGCUCUGGCUGCGGGCCGCGCGGGCUAUUGCCAGGCGGCCACUUCACCAUGGCCUGGCGCUAUGCCCACGGCUUCGCUACGCCCACGGCUUCGCCACCACGGAGCUGUGCCAGGCGUGCGGCCAGGACAAGGACACCCUGAUGCACGGGUGGUGCGCCUGCCCUGAGGUCAUGCAGCCACGGGACGAGGAGCUGGAGCUGGAGGAGCCCUUUCGCAAGCCGAUCGUGACCAUGCACGAGCAGAUGGCGGAGGUGGCCUGGCCUGCGGCCGUCUACACUGAUGGGUCAGGCCGCGCCUCGCAGGUGCCUGAGGCGCGCAGGUGCGGCUGGGCGGCCGUGGCCCUCAGGCCCGACGGGAUGCCGCUCAAAGCCCCCUAUGGGCCGCUGCCUGGGCCGCGCCAGACGGUGGGCAGGGCCGAGCGGCAGGCCUGCUUGGCACCCCUGUCUCAGGCGGGAGAGGUCCAGCUGAUCGUCAGCGACCUGCAGUCGCUCGUCACAGAGGGCAACCUUUGGAGCCCCACGGCGCAGGCGGCUAGCGCGAGGCACGCCAGCAUGUGGCGGCAGCUCCACGCAGCUGCGGAGGCGCGAGGCAGCCCGCCCCCGCGCUUCAGGCGGGCGCCUGCUCACCGCACCCUGGAGCAGGCGCUGGAGGAGGGCAUCAGGCCCAUGGACUGGCUUGGGAACUGCUGGGCGGACUUCUUCGCCAACCUGGGGGCCGCCGAAACGAGGCUGCCCAACAACGCGGUGGAGGCGCUCAAGGCGGAGUUGCAGCGGGCGCUGGACACCGCCACGCACUUGGGCUGGGCGGCGGCGCGCGUUUGCCAGCUGGAUCCCUGGCGGUCGCUCGGGGACGACGGGAAGCUCCAGCGCCGGGCAGAGCUCAAGUGCCCCGCCCCUCCCAAGCUCAGCCUCACGCGGCACGAGUACCAGGCGAUCAGCGCCAGAGGGGUCCAGUGCCUCCACUGCGGACGGGAGGCGCGCACCGAGAAGGCACGCUCACUGCUGGACUGCCGCCCGUGCCAGCCGUCGGCGCUGGGGCGGCCGCGCGCGGCUCGCAGCCGCGAGGUUGGCGGAGCGCAGCUGCUCGCCAGCUCGGCCAUGGUGGACGCGGGGCCCCAGGUUGGCCAGGCCUUCGGUCCCACGGAGGGCGGCGCGACGGGCAGCGAGUUCGAGCGCAAGGUGCAGCACCUCCUGGCGGCGGCGAAGGGCGACUCGGCAGGAGGCGGCGGCGGCAGCUGCGGCGCACGCUCGGCCAGGGCUGUUGCCGAGGCCACCUGCCAACCUUUCGGGCCAGCGCCUGCCGCGGGCAACGACCUGCUGGCCAUCGAUGCCUGGGAGCGAGCGGGCCCUCUGGAGGCCGCGCUGCGCACGCUGGCCAGCUCGUGGAUCACGGACCUGCUGGACCAGAGCCUUGCCUACGCCUCGCGGAUGGAGGAGUGCGUGGACUACGUCUACAGGCUGCUGGGGGAGGACGCCUUUCGAGGCUUCUUCGCGCACACGACGACCCCCGAGUCGCGCAACGCGGAGCGGCUCAGGAAGGCCACGGAGUUCUGCGAGCGCGGUUGGCGGGACGGGAGCCCCUACCGCGAGGCCCGCAUCUACGAGGCCCUCCAGCUGGAAGGGGGGCUCAGGGAUGCACGUGUGCAGCCCCCGCGGGGCUACCACUGUGCGGCGCGGGCCUACCUCAGCGACCGCGGCAAUGCUCGUCACGCUGGAGGGAGGCAAGGGCACCUGCACUGCCACUGGUGGCCGCCUGAGGCCCUGCCUGGUCCCAACAGCCUGCCCUCGGCCGGCGGCGGCGACCACGGCUUUGCUGGAUGCUGGGUGUUCGACCUGCGCGAUCCUGACGGCGCGGGGGCAGCCUGGCUGGCAUGGGCUGCGCAGUAUGCACUGGAGUGGCUGGCCCGCCCUGGCGACGCCGCCGAGCGCGAGGAGGCCAUCCAGCGGGCUGGGUCCAUUGGGCUGCGGGCCCUCGCGCACGUGUUGGUCCGCCAGGCCUGGACCAUGGAGGCGGCGGUGCGCAGGGCGGCGGUCGGGCACCUGAUGGACCUCUCGACGCUGGAGGAGUGGAUGCACGUGGCGGCCUUGCAGUGGGCCACAGUGGGCGAGAUCAUGUGCACCAUCAGGGACAUCGUCGGCGAGGCGGCGGCCAAUCUCCCUGCCCCACCUGGCUUCGCGGGGCCCAUCCCUGGCCUUUGCCCUGCGGGCGUGCGGGGGCCGUCCAGGAGUGCUGGGCUUCCGCGGCCCGAAGGCCUCUCGGUGCUGGGCGGCUACCUGGCAGUGCGGCAGCCGUGGCGCAACCCGCAGUACCCGUCGCUGCAGCAGCGGGGCCUCGACGCCAGCGACGACGACGACGUUGUUCCGCACCCUAAUGCAGCCUCGUCAGGCCUGCCCCCGCCGCCGCUGGCGGCCGCUGCGGGGUCUGGCGGACAGCCGCCAGGGCUGGGGGUUGGCAACCGCAGGCGCUGGCAGGUCGAGGCGGCGGCGCAGGGCUCAGACUCCAGCGAGGGCCCCAGCCUGGGCGGCGACCCCGCCGCGCAGGCGGCCAUCCACGGCAUGUUGCCGCGGCGCCUGAUGGACGCGGGGGACGCGGGCGGCGACGGGGCGGCCGCUGGCCCAGCGCUCUGGAAGCUUGACGGCGCGGCGGGCGACGCGGACGGGAAUGCUGCGGAGAGGUCCAGGAGCCCGCAGCGAGGGGCCCCAGGCAGGCAGCCGCGGGGCGAGGAGGCCAAGCCAGAGGCGCAGUUGGGCCACGCCUUGCGCACCGUUGGCGGCUAUGAUUUCUGCCGCAAGUGCGGUGCCUUCGCCAGGAUCGAAGGUGCGGACCGCGCCAAGGGCCUCAAGGCUGGUUGCACGGGCCGACUGCCGCCUGGACCUCAGGCCACGGCGGGCCAAAAGAAGAAACGGCAGUACUUGACGAGGCUGCUCGGCGCCAAGGACCCCAUACACGGGCAAGCCGCUAGCGCGAGGGUGCUGCGCCUGGUGCGAUGCCGCCCGCUGGCAGCCCUGCUGGCUGGCGGCCGCGCCGCCGCGCGGCCCCUGGGCGCCGGGGCCGCUGCCCGCGCUGCUGGCGGGCCCCGCUUGCUGGCCGCGCGG